GAGACCCAGAGAGUGACUUCCCACGAGUGACCUGUGAGAGUCGCCAUUUUGAAUCGUAGUCUCUCCGCUCACAAAACCGAACCGCCCAUUUCAAUUCAGCAACAGACACAUACAAAGCAACCACAACCGAAGUCACAACACUCCAGUAUUCCCACCAGAACACUUCCCACGGAAGAAUACCAACACACACAACACUCACAAAACCGAAAACAUGGCAACCACAACCACUAGCAGCCCAGCUCUUCAGAGCUAUUUCGCCAACCUCUUUGCUGGAGCCACCAUUCUCGGCGAUGUCGAGAUUGUCAGUGACAAUGCUCGCUUGCCACCACAGAGCGAGACCAAGACUCCCGUACCAACCACACUGCCAGACAUCUCAUUCGCCUGCCGAUGGGAAAGCAACAGCGUAGUGCCCAAACCAAGCUUGCCACAGCGCCAAAUCUCCAUCGAGUUGCCCUUUAGCGAUGAUUCGGACGACGACUCGGACGACGAAGACACUGUGACGGACUUGAGUUGGAGUCUCGGCAGCAGCAACCACAGCAAUAGCAGCGGUGAACAACAUGCGUCGGCACUCAUGACCACUCGUUGGAUGCCCAAUGCUAAAUUCUCAGCAUCACCCAAACGCCCUGAGCGCAGUCCCAUUGUCAAGUCAGACUCCUGCGGCUCUGUUUCCUCCAGCUCCACCAGCAAGAGCUUGUUGUCCUCGCCUGUCAAAAAGAUGAGUAGUAGACGGCGCAACUGAAUGCCGGAGCAAGAAGGAGAAGAGCAAUAGAGACCUCCUUCUGCGAACCAGCAACCAAUGGAAAUUAAACAAAACAUGCAUAACUAAUAGUGUUGGAGAGAAGGAACUGUACAAAACCACAAAGAGCUAAAAUGUGUAAUAAAAUAAAGAAGAAACUGUACAUAAACACACUUGUUUCAUAC